GUUCUAGGUCAAGAACGCGAACGCGGCGAAGAAAAUGCUUUACAUUCGACGAACGAGGAAGAAGAUUCGAAUAUUCAAACUUCGAACAUUGCGCGUUACGAAUCGAGUAUCAUCGUGUCAUUCGUCCACGUAUUGGCGAUCGAUUUCGCGGCGAUAUCGAAUCAGAUAUCGCGGGGACCAUUCACUGCGCUUAGAGCCAAUCUUGUUUAUCGAGAUAUCAACACGUAUAAGAUAUAAGAGGAUCGGGCAAACGGCAGUCAGUGUUGUGCUGAAUCUUGGUUUCGAUGGUCACACGAAACGAUCCUCCUAAGUGAAUCGAUACUUAUCUUAUUUUCAAUUUAGACGCAACCGCGGAGCAAACAUGCGGAUUUGGGUAUUGUUAACCGUUUUACUGAUCGUCACGAUUCUCGCAUCCGACGUGUUCGCGAGGAAGGCUGGCAAGGAGGGUAAAGAGGUGGAGUCGAAAAAAAGGCACGAGAAAAAGAAGAGGGAUGUAGAGUAUUCGAAGGAAGAGAGGUGGAAGGAUGGAGAGAGGAAAAAGUUGCAAUCAAGGAAAAAGAAUGAAAAGGAAAGCGCAUCUGAGAAGAAUGUGGAAAAUUCGGAGAAUCUGGUCGGAACGAACGAGGAGUUGGAGAAGGUUCACAAAUCGAGGAACAAGAAAUUGAAAGAGAAGGAAAAUAUCGACUUUAAGAGCAAGUCUAGCUACGAAUCCCCGAAGGGGAAGUCUAAGAAGAAGAGCAAAUAUUCUGAGGCGUCGCAGACUGUUCACGAAAAGGAUUCGAAGAAAUUGAAAGACGAGAAAGGGAAAGAAGAAACGGUCGAGGAACGAAACAAUGUGAAGAAUGAGAAGAAGUCGAAGGAUAAAAAUGUGGACAAAUCUGAGAGGGCGAAGAAAGAUGGCAAGAGGAAGAAGCUUCAGAAAAAGGAAAAAGAGGUGACGGUGAAGGAAGUGGAGAAGGAACCGGUGGAAGUAGAAGAGACAGAGGAGACUAAAACGAAAUCGAGGAAGAGCAAGAGGAAGUCCGAAAAAGGUAAUCACGAGAAGAAUAGGAAGAAACGAGAGGUGCCAAAGAAAAGAAAAGAAGAAGAGGUGGAGACGGAAAUAGUGAUGCCUGAAGAGAAGAUCUCAGAAGUGGACGCGGUAGCUGAAAAAAGUUGUUCGAUAACGAAAGAGAUCCAAGAUGAAGAAAUGCGAGAGGAUUGUGGGGAUGAGAAGUGCAACGAAGCGUGAAAAAUUUAUAAUCAGAAAAUAUUAUGAAUCAUCGUAUUUUAAUUAAUGAUUCAAAGAUAUAUUGAAGAGAUUGGUAUUGCUAUUGCAACUCGAUACGAUUUCUCGAGUCUUCCAUGAUGAUGAGCCAACGAUUUCACGCAUUAUAUAAAAUUUCAUUUAUUUGAUCUCUAUGCAUAUCAAAUCAUACUUGUUAUGUUAUUUACAAAUAACGAAUUUUUCGACAAUA